GACUCAAAGGUCAUCCCACUAACCAAUCAUUUGGCCAUGUACCAGGCAGCAGACGCCAAGCGAGAGGACACCACUUUCUCCAGCGGGGUCAUGGAGGAGUCGGAGGUCUGUUCCCUGCCUGGGGGACUUGCCAGUGUGAGGAAACAAUUUGAGACCCAAGAAACUGCAACAUCCCACAACAUAACCCAGCUCCACUUCCAGCACAGAUCUGUGCAGGAAAUGUCGAACUCACAGGUGACGGUGAUGAGCAGUUCCAGGCAAGUCCUCCCAGGCAGUCAGCAGCUGAAUUUCAAACAAGAGGAGAUGGUGACUGAAAGUUACAAUAAUUCGACCUCCAGCUUUGAAAACCACAAUAAUGAAACAGAAGAAGAAUUUCCCAGGUAUACUGCAAAAGAACUGAGAGCUCACUUUGAAAGAACCAUUGAAGAGGCGGCACCAAGCAGACAAAUAAGGAUUGGACGUGACAUCAAUCGCUCUAAGUGGUCUUCAAAUGUGACACAAAAUGCUGCUACCACCGAGACGCAUGAAACAUCAGCCACAGAGGCGACACAAGACACAGCCACAACCGACACAGUUUUGGAUUAUGAGGACUUUCCACCUCCGCCCCCUGAGGAUUCUGACUAUCUUCCGCCCCCACCUCCAGACUUACUACAAAUGCCAUCAGACACUUCAAACAUUUCAGAAUGCUAUUACUCACCUGAGCCUCCUGAACCAGCUUACUCCUCCAAAUACCCCGUCAACAAAGAGGCUUACUUCAAGCAGAGAAAUAUGUAUGAGUUGAAACGCCUCUACAAGCAUAUUCAUCCUGAGGUUCGUAAAAACAUUGAAAAAGAGUACUACAAUAAUGGGGCUGAAAUGGAGAACCACCAGCAGGAGAGCCAAGAUGACAUAUAUGAGGAUGAUGGGGACAGCGGCAAUAAUGCCAGUUUGAGCCCAGAUGAAGAAUAUAUGGAGUGGGAUGAGAUUCUCCCUGGGGAGGUGCAGUCAAUGCGUUGGAUGUUUGAAAAUAAGCCAUUGGACGCCAUUAAAGAUGAAACUCCUGAUGAAGAUAGCGACAACAGAAAAAUACCUCAACAGGAAAUAAUAGUGGGAAAAGAUGUGAGGCGCACAGCUUGGAUGUUCGAAACCAAGACCAUGGACGCAUUGGGUUCACACAACACAGAUUCAACAGAAUAUAGAAACAAAUUCAACAAAUUAGACAAGGGAGAUGUCCGUGCUGCAGCGUGGCUAUUUGAAACUCAGCCAAUGGAUAGUCUGAACAAAAUGCACAGGGAGGAGGAUCUGACAAAAGAGAUUGUGUUCACAGAAGAGGAUGGAAAUGCAACCAUUUACAUGAUUGACAACAAGUGUAUGGGAAGCUUAGGCCACACUGAGACCAUUGAUGAGAGUCACCUGCUAAGUCUAAGAUCAGUGUUGGAAGAAAUUAAUGGUGAGGUGAAGACCAUCACAAGUACCUUUGACACACAGUUCAAAUGCGUCCUCAUGGGACAGUCAAGCCAGAUGCUGGAGAUCAAAUCUGUGCGCAAAAUUGAAACUGAAUUGGAGAGCUCUAUCGCUUCGCGUUGGCUUUUUGAUACCCAACCCCUGGACAUGACAAACAGAGAUUGUGCCCCCUUGAAACUUGUGUGUAGUCUUUCCAUGGAGGACAGCCAUAAAGGAGAUUGGGGCAGGUGGCUGUUUGAGAUAAAGACCUUAAAUUCUCUUGAUGACUGGCAGAACUCAAACAUACAGAAAGAAGAGAUCAUUGGAGCAGAUGUGCGGAAGCAUUGCUUAACAUUUGAGACUCAGCCGAUGGAUUCCCUGAAGGAUGACUCUAACGCAAGGUCUGAAACCAUUGAGGAUAUUAUUGGGGGUAACGUCAGAUCUGCAAGACACUUUUUCGAAAGCAGUCCUCAAGUAUCCAGGAAGAAUCCCACCGAGGUAGGGAAACUUAAAAGGCCGACAAUGAAUGAAGGAGGAAAAGGAGAUGUGAGACAUCAAAAGUGGCGCUUUGAGAGUCAACCACUGGAGCACAUAAGAGAGGAUAAGAAAGAAGUUAUACGCACUGUCAAUGUUGAGGAAGACCUCACACAGGAGGACGGCACAAGCUGCAGGGCAGAUGUCCGAAAAAAUUGCUGGGUGUUUGAGACACAGCCAAUGGAUACUUUAAAAGAUGAUACCAAUGCCAGACCCUUAACAAAAGAGGAAAUAAUAUCAGGCAAUGUCAGCUCAGCAAGACAUUAUUUUGAGACAAUGCCUGCUGAUGAGUUAAAGGAGCUUGCAGAAGUAGGGAAAUUGAAAAAAUCUGCAGCAAUUGUAGAAGAGAGAGGCGACGUUAGACACCAGAAGUGGCGGUUUGAAAGCCAACCAUUAGAGCACAUCAGAGAAGAGGAGAAGGAAGUAAUUCGGACAAUAGACCUGGAGGAAAUUGAUAAAGUGGAUGUGUCAAACUACAAGCAAAUUUUUGAGACCACGGACUUAAGCAGAAAGGAUGAAUCUCAAAAGAUUCUUAUUGAAGGCGUUACCUCUGGCUCCGUGAAAUCAAAUAAAAAUCUGUUUGAGUCUACCCCAUUGUAUGCCAUGCAGGACAGCUCAGGGCACUUCCACGAGGUGAAGACAGUGCGUCGAGAGGAGGUUGUCAGAGGAGAUGUAACAACUUGCAAAUGGAUGUUUGAGACACGCCCAGUUGAUCAGUUUGACAAAAGUAUUAGUGAAUACCAAAUUAUCAAGGGGAUUUCCAAACAGGAAACUGAAUCUGGUGAUGUUAAAACUGCCAAGUGGCUGUUUGAAACGCAGCCUCUUGAUGCUAUUAAGUACUUUAGCAAUAUUGAGGAUGAGGAAACUGUGGGCACAAGAGAAGAUACCGAAAUUGUGAAAGGUGAUGUGAAAACUUGCAAAUGGCUAUUUGAGACAAAACCAAUGGACAUUCUGUAUGAAAGAGAGGAGUUAAAAGGUGAAGAUGAAUCUGAGAAAAUACAGAGAGGAGAUGUCAAAACCUGCACAUGGCUUUUUGAGACACAAGCACUUGAUAGUAUCCAUGAUGAGAGUGAAACUGUUCUAAAAACAUGCACUGUGAAUCAAGAAGAAGUAAGAGGCAAGGAUGUAAGAAUGGCUUGCUUUCUUUUUGAAACAGAGAACCUUGAGAACAUCGCUGGGGAUGAAAGGGACUCUUAUAAACGAGUCACUGAGAUAGAUAUUGAUUCUGGAGAUGUCUCGAGGAUGAAGUACAUUUUCGAAAACCAGACCUCUGACAUCAUGACUUCUACAUGUGAUGAAACAAUGCAAAAGCUUAAAACUGUGCAGUCCGAGGACAUACAAAAGGGCAAUGUGGUGAACUGUAAAUGGCUCUUUGAAAACCAAUCCAUAGAUACUAUGCACAACAGCCAAGAGGAGUCAAUGAGCAGCCGCACUGUGAAUGACGUACAAGGAGGGAAUGUUGACAAAGGGCGUUUCAUUUUUGAGACCUACACCUUAGACAAAAUUCAAGAAGUUUCCUCUGAGACAGAGACAGAUAUUGCAAAAAUACAGAAAAUUGUCCGUGAGGAGGAUGAGAAGGGGGAUGUGCAAAACUACACCAUGAUGUUUGAAACACAGCCCCUUUAUGCAAUUCAGGACAAAGAAGGCCAUUACCAUGAGGUCACCACUGUCACAAGUGAAGAAGUUAUGCGGGGGGAUGUAGUCAAAUCCCGGUGGUUGUUUGAAACCAAACCCCUUGAUUCUAUCAGGGACACAGAUGAGGUAUACAUCAUCAGGUCUGUUACACAAGAAGAUGUGCAGAGAGGAGAUGUUACCUCCGCAAAGUGGAAAUUUGAAACGCAACCGCUUGAUAAAAUAGCUGCGGAAAAUAAGGCUUUGAUUAAAACUGUUGACGAUAUUCAAGGAGGACAUGUUAGCGUGAACAAGCACCGCUUUGAGUCAGACGCUCUGUCACAGGAGUCAGUUAGAACAGUGAAUGUAAGUGAAAUACAGAAAGGCGAUGUUAGAACAGCAAAAUGGAGGUUUGAAACGCAAUCAAUUGAUAAAAUAAAAAGCAUGAGCUCUGAAAACCUGGUUGAAAUGGUUCAAAAAGAGGAAGUUGCAAAGGGGGAUGUCAAACAAUCUGUCUGGCUCUUUGAGAAAAAUCCUCUUGACCAUAUUAAAGAGGUAGAUGAGGAUGAAGACACAACCAUCAAUCGAGAGGAAAUUCCAAAAGCAGAUGUGAAGACAACAACUUGGCUCUUUGAAACAACACCAUUCGAUGAUUUUAACGAGACAAGUGUGGAGAAGUCUGAAAUUAUGGGUAAAAGUAUCAAGGGUACCCUUGAGGAACUUUACAGUCAGAAAAUGGUGAGUUCAAAAGGAAUUCUCAUUGAGGCUGAUGAGAUUGGCGAUGUUAGAAUGGCAAAAUACCAACUAAUGAACAAGCAGGCACCAGAGAUUCAAAGAGAGGAUGUCAUCAGGGGGGAUCUGCAAAGCAUCAUGAUGAACCUUCUGAACAGACGGGAAACAAAGGACAGGCAGAUAAUAAUAAAUUCAGAAGAGAAGGGUAAUAUCAGUUCAACGGUACACCAGCUAUUCAACCAAGAAAGAGACAGUAGCAUUGCAAAAGAGGAAAUUUUAAGGGGUGACAUUCAGGAAGCUGUAAACAACCUUCUGAAACAGGACGGGUCAGCAAAACGGGGAAUACUUAUCCAAGAGGACGAGAGGGGAGAUGUGCAGAUGACAGUUUAUUCCCUCCUGAAUAAUCAAGAGAGCGUCGCAUUUGAGAAAGAAGAUGUUGUUCGAGGGGAUAUAAAGAGUGCUCUACAGAGACUGUCCGGCCCAGACGAUUCAAAUCAGAUUAUAAAGAUCAAAGUGGAUGAUGCCGAAAAGGGAAAUGUCCAAUUUUACUCAACGUGCAUUGAAUCUGGGGCACUCGACUACCUCAAACAAACCCACAUGGGACCUGAUGAAAGUCCAGUUGAGAGAGUAGAGAAAGAGGAGAUUAUUGGAGGUGACAUUGAGGGUACAAAACUGAUCCUUGGGCGUAAUCAAACACAUAUUGAGCGUACAAUAGAGGAUAUUGUGCCUGGCGAUGUUCACAACACAGUGAAAGUUUUUAUGUCAGAGCCUACCAUCUCCCUGGAGGGUCUACAAAAAGAAGAAAUAGUUAAGGGCAAUUUGAAAGCUGCAAUGACUUCAUUGUCUGAAUCUGUGAAUCAGACAGUUGUUGUAGAGAAAGAGGAAGUUGUGAAGGGUGACAUACCAAAAGCCCUGCGGUGCCUGGAGAAGGCCCAUAAGCAACACAAGGAGGUGGAGAAGCCAGACAUCAUACGGGGCAAUAUAAAAGGGGCUCUAAGAUCCCUUGAGAAAUCAGCAACUUCCAAAGUUGAAGCUGUAGUUGAGGAUUUAGUUCCCGGAGAUGUGAAGGCUACGCUGAAAUCUUUGGAGCAGGCAAAGCAAGCAGUGAGAGAGGUUGAAAAAGAAGACAUUGUAAGGGGCGACAUUCACACAGCAAUGCAGUGUUUACAAGAUGCCUCUAAUGAAAAGUGGACAUGUCAACAGGAAAUAGAUGUACAGGGAGACGUCAGAGGAACGAUUCAGCUCUUCCUGGAACCUCCAUCUUCACCAAGAAUGCGGAGGAGAGCAAGCCUUGAAGGUGACGUAAAGAUGUCAAUUAAAUCCCUAUACGAGACACAGGAGGAAACCCAGGUAGAGAAAGAGGAGGUGAUAAAGGGAGAUGUUAAAGGAACUAUUAAGUCAUUAUUAGAAACAGCACAACGUCAAACACCGAAAGUCAAACUCGGAGCACACAGAAGAGUCAGAGUAAAACAGAACCCACCUGUUAAGAACUUAAAUGUUGACUCCCAAAGGAACAUUCAAAAGAUAAAAACGGCUAAUUCAGUUACAAAAUCAGAAAAGAAUCAAACCCACUCCACUGAAACUAAAAUCGAUAAAACACAGUCAUAUUCUAUGCAGCAAACUAGUAAGCAUUCAACAACGGUGGUGGAGCACAAAACCAUUACUCAAAACCAUGGCAUCAAAACAUUGAAGACUGAGUUCCGUAAUUUAAAUUCUAAUUCGAGGGGAAUGAUAAAACUGGAUAAAACCAAAGUAAAAAGAGAUGAUUACGUCCCAAAACCGAAGGGGCCAGAGUCUGAUCUGCCUCUCCCUCCUCCACCACUACCUAUGACUGACACCGACCUUCCUCCUCCUCCCACUCCUCCCCCUCCACCAUCUGUUGAGUCAGAGCUUGACCACCUUCCACCUCCUCCCCCGCCACCACCACUUACUAGUGAACAGGAUUUCCUCCCACCACCUCCUUCUCAGCAAGAGCUGGACAACAUGCCAUCACAGACAAUUCAUCCUUCUCCAGGGAAAGCGUCAAAAAUGACUGUCAAAAAAGUAAAAGCUCCUACCUUGCAUCCAGUCCCCAAGUUGGAGCCUAAGGCAGAGAUCAGCAAAACACAACAGACAAUGUCAGAGACCAGCACAACCACUGCCAACAAAUCUCUGAUAGAAAUAAGCCAAAUUGAAUCCCAAACAAAAACUCAAUCAUCAAAAGCUAUUUCAUAUGACAUCCCUCCACCACCUGAAUCACCACGACCACUGAAGAAAGUUUAUAUCUCCCCUGUAAAAUUCACACCUCCGCCCUCUCCACCUCCUUUCAUGAGAGGGAAAAUGAGUAAAUUUAACACUCCCUUAAUUAAAGCAGAAGAAAAGUACCGUAAGACGAGAGAGGAAAACACACCCCCUACUACUCCAACUCCCAUUUGUAUACAUGACUCAGUCACAGCUGCUCUUGAAAUGCUUUCUAACCAACACAAGGAAAACAUAACAGCAGAUUUAACUGAAGAAAGAGUGGAGAAGACUUUGACAAAUAUUCAGUCGGAUUUACUUUCAGCUGCUUUAUCCACCCAUACAGAAAACACAGAUACAAAUGACAAAAAUCUCCCAGAGUCUGUUGUUAUGUCUUCUGCUAAACACCAAAUUGUCUCCAAUCAGACUUUCAAGGACAGCUCUGUUCAACAGGCUUCAUCCAUGUCAACCAUUAGACAACAGACAAUUAUGACUAGUAGCCAGCAAAUAGUGUCUGCUUCCUUACAGUCUAGUCAGACAACAACUAAUGACAAAGUCCAGACCUCAAUCAGUGAUAUUAAAGAGACUGAAAAACUAAUGACCAAUACCCAGAAAGAAUUCAAAAAUCUGAAAACAAAGGGCCCCAACAAGUCUCAAGAUAAAAAGAAAAACGAAAAGGCCAUUUCCUCUGAGAAGAGCCUUGAGCAACCAACAAAACAGGAAACAGUCACUCCUGAGGUGAAUAUCAGAUUAAACAAAUCAGAGGACAAGAAGGAAGUUGAUAAUACACUAUCAAAGGUAUCCGAUAACCUCCACAGUCAGCACCCAAGAAAAGAAAACAUGGGUACAGAAAAGAAUGAAAAGCCAGCCAAAUCACCGCAACCUGAGCGCAAAAAGAAAACUGAGGACUGUCCAGCAAAAACUGAAAAAGCAACCAGUAACCUGAAUGCUAAAACAGGAAAAGCAGCCCAAAAGGGGAAAAAGAACAAUAAACAAGAAAAGCCAGUAGAGAUAAAAGAAACCAAAAAGACUAAUGAGAGUGAGAGGAAAAGUGUUUCAAUUGAAGGGGAUUUAAAGGUGGAGCUGAAGGAAGCUGUUGAGGUGAACGUGAGUACUGAGUAUAAAGAAGUGAGGACCGAGUUUAAGGAGGAGAUUCAGAAAGUCACCCCCUUGUCUGUUGCAGCCACUUCUACUAAAACUGCUGUUACUAGUACUGCUAAUGACAACCAAGCAGUAUCUCCAAACCCAGCGAAGAAGAAAAAGAAGUCCAAAAGGUCCAAGGGGGGAACACUAUCCGGUCAAGGUAAAGACACAUCCACGGAAUCUAAGACAACAGUGUCUGAAAAAUCUGUUCAAAAUCGAGAAACAACCGCUGUUGUGCAAAUGCACAAAGAUGUGAAAGAACGCUGCAUUCAGGCCCAUAAAGCAGGAAACAAAGAGCAUCAGAAUGUGGAGCAACAAGAAGCAGUCAACAUCCAAAAGCAGGCAAAGGCAUCGCAAAAGAAGAAAGGUGGUGAUAAUCUGCAGAAUGUAGAAACGAACAAGAAAGAAGAAAGCAAGAAUAUCCCGAUUACAGUGAUAGCUAAGGAAGAACAAAAUGAUGCGAGAGCUGAGAGCACAGAAGACUCUCAGAGGCAAGAGGUCCAGGCAAUAAUCUCUCAGAUCACAGAGCUGCUAAGGAUAUCAGGGAUGAUUGACUCUAAAUCUGUGAAGACUCUCCUGAAUACAGUUCCAGAAUGGCUCAUUGGGCCAGAGGAAAAAUGUGAAUUGGAAGGAUCCGCAGUUGAAAGUAACAUACAAAAAUUCGAAGAGAUUAUUUCACAUGUUAGGAAAAUGGCAGAGGCUAAACUGAUGUGUCUAGACAAAAAAGACACAGUGGAGAAGCACGAAUAUGAACCUGUCUCUGAAAAAGUAGUUUCUGGUACGGCAACACCAAGAAUAUCUAAAAUCAGCAUUGGUUCUGCAAAGGUUGAGAGCCAGACAAGGAAAAAGAUCUCACAUGAAAGCAGGAAGCAAGAGGUGAGCCAGGGCAAGUCUAUGGACCUUAGAGCACCUUCACCAUCACUGAGGAUGCGUACUCCCUCACCAACCUUUAUCACCAUUGAAUCCACACGAAGAACUAAUUCGCCUCAGAGAGUAACUCCAUCACCUACUCUGUUGUACAGACCAGCAACGCCCCCUACACCACCCCCACGUAGGUGUGACACCCCAACUUCACGCAUUAACAGAAUCACUCCUUCUCCUACUUUUGACAGAGCAGAAAAUUUGGCCAGACUUAAAGACACAACAGCCAAGCUCUCACGUGGUGUGACCCCACCUCCAGUUCUUCCUCUCCAACAUGUCAUGGAGAAGAAAGCUGAGAUUGUGGAGUCCCCGCCAUCAUUCCAUAGGCAAAUCAAAAUUGACACACAAGCUGUGGAGGCAUCAGAGACAUUAGAUACAGCUAUAAGAGAAUCACUACUGGACACCAACUUGUCAUUCAAUCAAAAUGACCAGGAGGUUUUUGAAGCCUCAGCCACAUCAGAGACAAUGGUCUUAUCUGCAUCUGUAAAAGACAAGAGAGAGUUUUUUGAAGAGGCUCAAAAAGCUGAAAUGAACAAAACCUAUGUGAGAAAGGAUCCCAUCGAUAUCCCUGAACGCUUGGGCCCAGACACGGAGGACUCUGAUGUGCAAACCAAAGAGAAAGAAACAGAGUUUCCUAAAGUUGACUUGUCUGGCCUGGUGAACAGAUUUGAAUCACCGGAAGAAAAAGUCUAUGACAGAAAAGAGACUUUCUCGCUCGCAGAGCUGGUGCCUGAGAAUACAGACGCUGACAAAGAGAUAGAAAACAUUCUAGAACAGGAAACCCCAAAUUUUGACAUCGAGGCAAUUAGAAAAGUUUUUGAAUUGGGUGAACAAAAGCCCUCGUUCAAAAAGGAGAAAAAUAAUCAAGAGGAGUCAGUAUCAAGCCUGAGUGAAACAGCAAACAUUUCAAAGCAGGAGAGGCCUCAAGCGACAGAGGGGCGUUCACGGCAGGGUACCCCGCUCCCUCCCCAGAAAGACGUGGUGGAAACGGUGCCAGUGGAACCAUCAGCUUUCUCUGAAGCCAAAUCAGUCACAGAGCAUUUCUCAAAUGUUGAUGAAUUUGGCAACAGGACUCUUGGAACCAGGACCACCACUUCAUUCUCAGAGCACUCAGAGACUGUGUCGACCCAACAGCCCCCUUUCUCCUAUGCUGAUGCAGUUAAAAGAAAGGCUGCCACGGUGAGCCAUACAAAAACCUAUGAUGAAGACUCCACCGAGGAGCUGCUGAGGAAUUUUCACAAAACAUGGACAGAGACAGAGACGGUUUUCAAGAGCCUUGGCUACAGUGUUUCAGAAGAGAGGACAUCUGAAAUUGUGUCACAUCAGACAAAGACUGCCUUAGCUGAUUCGAGUUCCGCAGUCGGAACUUUGUACAGUAUGUCGGAGGAGGGUUUAUCCAAUGGAUGCUCUGAUAGUGGACAGAAAGAGGUAUCAUAA